CUUUAAAAUAAACCACACCGCAGCUGUUGUCCCUCCACGUUGCUGGGGCUGACCCUGAUGCCCUGAAACCCAGGGUGUGACGUCACCAGCCCCAUGAGUCACCCCAUUGGCUCAUGUCAUCACCUACCUUCACCUUGAGACAAUCAUCUCUGAUUAUCUGGUGACCUCGCCAGCCUCACCUGGGACAGGUUUACCGUCUGAUGACGUCAUCCUGACUGGUGACGUCACUACCUGCCCGCGGCUCCACCCUCACUGGUCCUGUGCCAUCAUUUAAUGGUGCUGUAAAGCCACCCUGACUGCUAUGACCUUGGCCUGCGCGCUCUCUCCUGCCCAGUGGCUGGGUCCCACGCCCACGUGUCACGGGUCCUUCGUGGGCGCUGCAGGCGGCGGCGUCCCGGGGGCUGAGACGCGGCAGGGCGAGGCCCGGCUGUGCGGAGGCUCCAGGCCCGGCGGGACUCGGACCGGGGAGAAGGAAGGGUCUGCUGGUCGAGUCCUCCAAGCCGGUCAUGGAGAAGCGGCGCCGAGCGCGGAUCAACGAGAGCCUCGCUCAGCUCAAGACGCUCCUCCUGGACGCGCUCAGGAAAGAGGUAAGUCGGGGCGGGGCGCGACCGAGGGGCCGAGGCGCGGAGCCGGAGUCGGGGGCCCUGCUGGCUGCAGCCGCCCACACCGGCCCCGCCCCCAGAGCGCCCGCCACUCGAAGCUGGAGAAGGCGGACAUCCUGGAGAUGACGGUGAGGCACCUGCGGAGCCUGCGGCGCGGGCCAGCGGCAGCCGCGCUCGGCGCCGACCCCGCCGUCCUGAGCAAGUACCGCGCCGGCUUCAGCGAGUGCCUGGCCGAGGUGCACCGCUUCCUGGCCGCCUGCGAGGACAUCCCGGCCGACGUGCGCUCCCGCCUGGUCGGCCACCUGGCGGCCUGCCUGGGCCAGCUGGCGCCCCCGGCCCCCGCUACGGUGGGUCCCACGCCCGAGGUCUCCGUGGGCCGCCAGCCGCUGCCGGGUUUCGACGGCCCCUUCCCCCGGCUGCGCCCCGAAACGGCCUUCGCCCCGCCGCUCCUCCGGGGCCUGACCGGAGCGCCCCCCGCCGCCCCCUCGGCGGGGCUGACGGGCCGCGGUGCGCCCUGGAGGCCGUGGCUGCGGUGAGGCCGCCCCGUUCAGAGCCGCGGCCUUUGCUGAGACUGUAACGGGGCAUGUUCAUUUCCAGCGGCUGCAGCCAGA